CUGGUGGAACUCACAACCGCACAGCACCUGGGAGACAAAAGACCUCAGAUUCUUUUCUGGUCAAAUCAUACACUAUUCCACCCAGGGUCUUGUAAUUCCAGAAGCGUGUUGUUUUAAUGAGCUAGAAACCCGCUGCGUAAUCGGACUAGUUUGAAAUUCACUCUGUAGCUCAGGCUGGCCUCGAACACUCAAUUCUCCUUCUCCCUUAGCCUCCCCUGUGAUGGGAUAAUCACAGAGCCGUUUUGAAACGGUGCUGCUUAAAAGCAUAAUCGUAUCGUAAGAUGUCCACUUCAUUUCACUUCUGGGAAAGCUUCCUGGGAGAGGAGGCGUGAUCCGGAUUCCAUCCUCGCUGAUGCUUCUCCUUCUGCGCAGACUCAGAAGCUGAAAGUUCGGGAUGGGCGGCAGGAGCGGCGGCGGCGCUGUCACGUGGAUCCAAUCUCUAUUUAUAGACUACCCUACCCCUCUACCCGGACAGUCCAAUAGCAGCUAGAGCUUGCCCGCAAGAGGGCGGGACCAGCUCCAGAAUCCGAGCGACCGACACCAAUGGAAUUGGAGCAAGGGCGGGCUUGUUUUAUUGUGACGUUGAGGGCGUGGCCACAGCGCCUUAGUCCGUGCACAAAGGGGCGUGGCGACUCUGAGUCCCGUAGGUAGUCGCGAGCAUGCGUUGUGGGGGCGGGGCGGGGCGGGGCGGAGCGCCCCCGUCAGGGAGGGCAGCAACCAAUAGACGGCAGUUGUUGUGCGGCCGGGGGCGUGGUCAUGUAGAUGAGGCGCGGGUGGGCGGCCCAAUGGGCGGGCGCCUAUGCAGAUGAGACGGUGACAGCCCGGCCAGCGGGCGGGCGGGCUGCUGGGGCGGGGAGGUGGGACCGGCGAGAGGGGCGGCCGUGGGGCCCGGCCGGGCUGGGGCGGGGGGCUGCAGCCAUGAUCCGGGCCUUCUCGUUCCCGGUGAGCCCGGAGCGGGGUCGGCUGCGGGGAUGGUUGGAAGGCAGCCUGGCCGGGCUCUGCGAGUUGCAUUGGCUCCGAGAGAGGCAGGAGUACCGCGUGCAGCAGGCGCUGCGGCUGGCCCAGCCCGGGAUGGGGGGCGCCGAGGCCGAGGACGAGGAGGACGCCGAGGAGGACGAGGAUGCGGCAGCGGCGCGCAGGGCCGCGGCGGCCCUGGAGGAGCAGCUGGAAGCCCUGCCUGGGCUCAUCUGGGACCUGGGCCAGCAGCUGGGAGACCUGAGUCUGGAGUCUGGGGGCCUGGACCAGGAGAGUGGGCGCAGCUCAGGCUUCUAUGAAGACCCCAGUUCUACAGGAGGCCCCGAUUCACCACCCUCUACCUUCUGUGGGGACAGUGGCUUCUCUGGAUCUGGCUCCUAUGGACGCCUGGGUCCCUCGGACCCCCGGGGCAUCUAUGCCAGCGAGAGACCCAAGUCCCUAGGUGACGCCAGUCCCAGCGCUCCGGAGUCGGUGGGCCCCCGGGCCGCGGUGCCUCGCUCCUUCUCAGCUCCCUACCCGACAGCAGCGGGCGCCGAGGCCUGCUCCUCCGCCGAGAGGCGUGCGCGAGCGGGGCCCUUCCUGACGCCCAGCCCGCUGCACGCGGUGGCACUGCGCAGCCCACGGCCCAGCGGACGCGCGCCCUGCGGCUCCCCCGACGGGGCGGCCGGCCGGCCCCUGGACGGCUACAUCUCGGCGCUCCUGCGCAGGCGCCGCCGCCGGGGGGCGGGCCAACCGCGGACGAGUCCCGGGGGCGCGGACGGGGGCGCGCGGCGCCAGAACGGCGCGCGCCCGCGGCCGCCCGAAGCGUCCCCGCCCCCCGGAGGCGCGCGACCCGCGCGGGAGCCGUCGACGGAGCGCGCCUGGGCCACGGCGUGGGAGGCGGAGGUCGCACCCGAACCCGCGCCUCCGGCCGCCCCGUCGCCGCCCUCCAGCCCGGCUGAGGGCCGCCUGGUGAAGGCUCAGUACAUCCCGGGCGCGCCUGCAGCCUCCAGGGGCCUGCCGGGCCGCGCCGCGCGCCGCCGGGCGCCGCCGCUCACGCGAGGUCGCAGCGUGGAGCAGUCCCCGCCGAGGGAGAGGCCACGUGCUGCGGGCCGCCGGGGCCGCCUGGCAGAGCCGUCGGGGCGUCGGGGAUCCCCGAGGGCGCGUAAAGCGGCGCGCUCGCAGUCCGAGACCAGUCUGCUGGGCCGCGCGCAUGCCGCUCCGCCGCCCAAGUACCCCACGGCCGAGCGCGACGACCCCCGGCCGCCCCGCCCCCGGCGCGGGCCCGCGCCCGCACCCACCGUGCAGGCCUGCCGUCGGUGGCGCUCCACCGCGGAGAUCGACGCGCCCGACAGCCGGCGCGCCCGCGCCCGCGUGCCCGCGCCGCGCGGCCCCGCGCCCUCGCCGUCCGCGCCCUCGCGCCGGCUGCUGUAUGGCUGCGCGGGCAGCGACUCCGAGUGCUCAGCGGUAGGGCGGCCGGUGCCGCUAGGCCGUCGGAUGCCGUCGGGCUGCGGCCCCGGAGGUUAUGGCGAGAGCGAGUCGAGCGCCAGCGAGGGCGAGUCACCCGCCUUCAGCUCUGCUUCCAGCGACUCCGACGGCAGCGGAGGCCUCGUGUGGCCUCAGCAGCUGGUGGCGGCCGCCGGAGCCUCGCCAUCGGGGCCCGGGGGUGCGGCAGGUGUUGCGACCCCCGCGGGCCCCGCCAAGGUCUUCGUGAAGAUCAAGGCGUCACACGCGCUGAAGAAAAAGAUCCUGCGUUUCAGGUCCGGUUCUCUGAAGGUCAUGACGACUGUGUGAGUUGGGGGGGAUGGGCUUGGGAUCCACGUCCAUGGCCUCUGCACCCCCACACUUCUCAUCCUCGACCCCCCUCCACACCCACCUUCCAAAGACCACCGGUUUUCUCUGCUUCCAAAGACCCUCCUCACUCACUGCCCGCUGUCCAUAGCCGUCCUGGAGAGGCUGCCCCUCUCCCCCCAUUGAGAGGCGCUCAGAUUGUCCCAGUACAGCUGUUUUUCAAAGCCUUGAACCAGAAAGGGCCCCUCUGUGGGCCUCGCCCUCCCCAUCUGUGCAAUGGAUGUCCAUGUAUGCAAAAGCAGUGAUUCCGUUCGGGUCCCCUCUCCCCCUGUUUUAGUUUAAAAGCUUAGUCUGCUCCCUCUCCAUUUCUCUCAUAGAGCUUUCUCAUUCCUCUUUUCCUUGCCCAGACUGGGCUCCCUUCUCAUUCACAAAGUGCCCCCUCCAUGUCCCUGGACCCUUAGGAUAUCCCCUGGGGCCCCCGGGUCAGAGACUCUGACUCAGGUUAUGCCUGCAGAGUGCCCUGGAAGAAGUGGCACUGUCUUAGGGCCUUUGAGGGUCAAGUAGGAGUUGCCAACACCUGGAAAGGACUCUCUUUCUGCUCCAUCCCUGGACAGUUAUGGAGGAUUGGAGGUUACAGAGAGGAAGAUGGUUUCAAUCUCGUGCCUCUCCCCACAGGGAGUGGGGGAAGCUCAAUGACCCUCAGCUGUUCCAAUCCAGUGGGUUUUUUAUUUUUUAUUUUGAUUUAAAAAAAAUUACUGUAUUUAUUAUGACAAUGGUGACUCCCCGGUGCAUGGGGGGCCAGAUUCUGUGUGUUUCUCUAACCUCUUUGUAAAUAAAUGCACAGUGUUACAUA